CAUUGCUUUAUUAUCUUCGUGACAAUCGAAUGUCAUUACCCGGUGGUGCGGUCUUAUUUUCACCGUGGGUAGAUUUGACCAUGUCAUGCGCAAGUUGGGAUCAAAAUCAACCUUACGAUUAUUUAUUCAAACAAAAAGAUGAUGAUCCAUUACACCCUGUAAAUCUUUACUUAAAAUCUCAUGAGGAUCGUUCAAAAUUGAUUACUCAUCCUUAUGUAUCUCCGUUAUUUGGUGAAUUACAUGACUUACCUCCGUUAUUAAUACAAUGUGGUGAUAGUGAAGUGUUGAGAGAUGAGAUUUAUUUGUUGGUUCAAAAAGCUUUUGAAACCGGAACUACAUUCGUACAACACGAAGUUUAUGAGG